GACAACCAUUGGGACUGACAGUGCACGUAACAUGGUUGCCGCAAUUCGACUUACACGCUAUGAACACAUGAGCUGUGUCGCUCACAUGGUGCAGAGAAGUGUCACAGUGAGUCUUGCUGACAGCGGCUUUGUAAAUGCUUUGGCCAAGGCUCGCAAAGUUGUCGGUCAUUUUAAGCACAGCCCAGCAAAUGCUACGGAGCUUCAAGCACAACAAGUCAGCCUGGGAAAGAAGCAAGAGCCAUUGAUCCAGGACGUUCCAACACGUUGGAAUUCGACGCUGGAAAUGGUCAAGCGCUUGAGCAGAAAUAAAGAGGCUGUCAUCGCAGCCCUGGACAAUCAGGAGCACAAACUCGUUUUGCCGACCGCAGCAGAGUGGGAUAAACUGCAGAGGCUGGAGGCACUUCUAGAGCCAUGCAGGUAUGUAACUGAGCUCCUGGGUGGAGAGGCCUAUGUCUCCUGUUCUGUGGUACUACCUUCUCUCUGCCACUUGCGUCUCAAGAUGGAAGCCUGUGAUGAGGACCCUGCAUAUGUGGUGAGAUUCAAGACCAAGUUCAAGGAGGACCUAGCAUUCCGCCAAGAACAUCUCAACAAUGCAUGGCUCCAGAUUGCUACAGUUUUGGAUCCUCGUUUCAAAGACUUGAAAUGCCUGCCCAAGACAGACAGGGAAGCGGUGUGGACCACACUUGAAGGGAUGCUGCAACAAGAAUCACCCAGAAAGUCUUCACAGACACAUGAUGAUGGGCCACCCAGGAAGAAAAUCAGCCUUCUGCAAAUGGGCUCAGAUUCAGAAUCAGAAGAUGAAGAGGUCCAACCUGCCAUACAGAGGUACAGAGCAGAGCCCACCAUUACAUUGGAGGACUGCCCCUUGAAGUGGUGGGCAUCUCAUUCAGGAGCCCAUGAAAAGCUGGCCUCACUAGCUCACAAAUAUCUAGCCACUCCUGCAACCACCGUUCCCUGUGAACGACUUUUCUCAGUUGCAGGUCACAUUGUGAACAAGAAAAGGUCAGCUUUACUUUCAGAAAAUGUGAAAAAGUUAGUUUGCCUCAGCAACUGCCUGAAAGAUGAUAAAGCUCAGUAGAUUUGAAAGGUGAUGUUCAAACAAAAAGACCAGUUUCAGUGUAACAUGUUAUAGUAGUUAGCAACUGGAUUUUUGAGCAACUGGAUUAAAGAAUGGAGGAAAAGGUAAAAGAUUGUUCUUUGGUUUGAUUUAAAAGUUUUAUUGAACAUGUUUUGUUCCACAUAAAAACGCAACAGAUGACUCAAAUUGUGCAAAAAUGUGGUAGGCCACUGUUAUGUGGUUAUGUGUUAAUGUGGUAGGCUACAUUUGUUGCUUUCUGUUCAAUUUAAUACUGUAAAUUGUACAUCCUGGUUAAGAGGAAUGCCAAAGAGGAAGCGAUGGGACAUUACAAAGACAAAUAUAAUGGUGUGUAGUAUGUUUCAGCUUGAUUUAAACCACCAUUAUUUGGCUGUGUUAAUAAACGGACAUAGUA